AUGUCGGCGGAGCUUGAGGCGGAACUGUUGGGUCCUCCCAGUAACUUUGCGAAGCGACUCCUGGUGACCGGGGGUGCUGGUUUCAUUGCAUCACAUGUGAUUGUCUCUUUAGUAGAAGAUUAUCCAAACUACAUGAUUAUAAAUCUAGACAAGCUGGAUUACUGUGCAAGUUUGAAGAAUCUUGAAACCAUUUCUAUGAAACAAAAUUACAAAUUUAUACAGGGUGACAUAUGUGAUUCUCACUUUGUGAAACUGCUUUUUGAAACACAGAAAAUAGAUAUCGUACUACAUUUUGCUGCACAAACACAUGUAGAUCUCUCAUUUGUACGAGCCUUUGAGUUUACAUAUGUUAAUGUUUACGGCACUCAUGUUUUGGUGAGUGCUGCUUAUGAAGCCAGAGUGGAGAAAUUCAUUUAUGUGAGCUCAGAUGAAGUAUAUGGAGGCAGUCUUGACAAGCUCUUUACUACACGUCCACCCGAUCCGCCAUCUUGUUUGUUCUCCUCCCUUUAUCUUUAAAAUAAGCAUUGUUAUUAGACAUUUGUAUUACCUUAACGUGGGAUACUCUUUAAGUUUCCAGUUGUCAUCACAAGAAGCAGUAAUGUGUACGGACCACAUCAAUAUCCAGAAAAGGUUAUUCCAAAAUUUAUAUCUUUACUCCAACACAACAGGAAAUGCUGUAUUCAUGGAUCAGGACUUCAAACAAGAAAUUUCCUUUAUGCUACUGAUGUAGUAGAAGCAUUUCUCACUGUCCUCAAAAAAGGGAAACCAGGAGAAAUUUAUAAUAUUGGAACCAAUUUUGAAAUGUCAGUUGUACAGCUUGCUAAAGAACUAAUACAACUGAUCAAAGAAACCAAUUCAGAGUCUGAAAUGGAAAACUGGGUUGAUUAUGUUAAUGAUAGACCUACAAAUGACAUGAGGUACCCAAUGAAGUCAGAAAAAAUGCAUGGCUUAGGAUGGAGACCGAAAGUGCCAUGGAAAGAAGGAAUAAAGAAAACAAUCGAUUGGUAUCAAGAGAAUUUUCACAACUGGAAGAAUGCGGAAAAGGCGCUAGAACCCUUCCCAGUACAAUCAACGUUUGUGUAG